CUUGUAGAUCAGAAGGAUCAAUAAGAUCAAACCCAGUAUUCAAUCCAGAUCAGAAUCAAUCCCAACAGCCAGGAGCUGGAGAAAGUCAGAACACUCCAAUGCCUCCAUUUCAUGCUCAAGGAAGCCAACCUCCUCCAAGAGUAGGUGGAGGAAAGAAAGGAAGAAUCCAGCAGAAUAGAUAUGCAGUUCCAACCACCAUGCAUUAUUCUGAAAGCUCUCAAGCUGAAGCUGGCCAACAAAUUGACAGACUUAGGCAUCUAAAUCAGCCAGUACCUUCAGCUCUAUUAAAUGAAAAUCCAGAUAUAGGGUCUAACCCUUCCAAUGCUCAAAACAUCAGACCUCCAGUUUUCAACAUUGAGAACAUCCAAGUGGAUACUCCAGAGAACCACAAUGAACAGAUGGCUGCAUUCUCAGAGAACACAGAGGAGAUGUUCCAGCAAUUUAGCAAUGGACAGCAGGAUAGUGCCCAGCCAGGAGUACCAGCUACAAAUAAUAACCCACCAGUUCCAGAAGAAUUAGAAGGAAAUCCAAGAAUCGAGGUCGAUCAACCAAAAAUUGGAGAGGCUCCUCAAGAUGCUCAAGAUAUCUCAGAUAUUCAGCAAACUGACUCGUAUUCUUUUGAAGAAGGAAAGAAUGAUAGUCAUUCCCCAACAGAAGAGAGUAAGGAGCAUAGCAAUGUUCAAAACUUUGAAAGAGAGGAUCCCAAUCAGGAGAGACAAGGAUUAGAAGAUGAAAUUAGAGCAAAUCACCAAGAUGAACCCGCCUUGGAUCAUGCAGAGUUUAACUCAGAUAGUCCUUAUUCAAGCUCUAUCAAGAGAAGAAAUGAGCAGUUUUCAUCCUCUGAGAAAGAAAUGUCUGGGCUAGAGUUUAUAAAGAAGACUAAUGCAAAUUCUAGAAAGCAGAGCAAUAGUAGACAGUCUAAUACUGCUAAUCAGCCUUUUGGAUAUUCGAUGCCACACAGAUCUGGAACUUACUCUUCAUUUGUAGUUCCAAAUUCAGUUAUGAAUUCUUCAGAUAAUGCAAAUCAGUUAUCUUCAUAUCUCCAAUUAAGUAGGAAUACUCAAAACCCAGGAUCUGGAGGUCAUUCAGAGUCAGUCUCCUCAUUCCCUGUGACUAACUAUGAAGACUCAGAAUUUAUGAUUCAAGCAUACCAAAGAAAGAAGAAGUCUUACGAAAAGUGCAAGACAAAGCUUCUACAAGCAGAGUCUGAUCUACAUAUGGAAAAACAGAGAUGCAAGAUGUUCCAGGAGGAAACCAAAAGACUCAAAAUGAGUUACAAAAAGCUUGAGAAAAAAUACAAACAGCAGAUUCAAGCCAAUGCGAAACAAGAGAAAGAACAACUGAGAAGAGCUCUUGAGCUGAGUAAUAAGGAGAAGGAAAUGUACAAAAAUGAUAGAGAAAACCUCAAAAAGGAUAACCUCAAGAUCAGAAAGGCAAUGCAAGAGCUAGUCAAUCAGAAUUACAUGUUAAAGAAGCAAAUCCAGAUGUUAGAGCAGCAGGAAGAAAUCAAUAAUGAUGUAAAGUCUGAUGAUGCUAAGGAGGAAUUAGAGUAUCAAAUCAAGAAACUUACACAAGAUCUUACUAAUGAGAUCAAUAAGAAUAAGAAGUGGGAGAAAUUUAGUAAUGACCUCAAGGUCAGCAAGACCCAGUCAGAAACUGAAACUAGAAGUAUUAAGGAAGACCUGAACAAAUUACAGCAAAAGAUAAGUGAGCUUCAGACUCAAAACACUCUCCUGGCAAGAGAAAAGGAUUCUAGUCAUUCGAGAAUAUUAAAGUAUCAGGAAGAAGUAAGUAAUUUGAGAGCUUCUCAAGUAAGCCAGCCAAUCCCUACUUCUCUGACUAAAGAAGUUUCACAAGAAUCUCAAUCAAAAAGUAAAGAUGAUUAUGUGAAUACAUUUUAUGAAGAAGAUCCUACUUCAUUAGAAGUAGGAUAUAGUCAGACCCAACAAACUUCAACACAAGACAAAAAUGAAUUUGAAAUGCAGCUUAAAGAAGAAGUAAAGGAAGAUUUUCCAUUUGAGCAAGAAGAAAGUAGAGAAAGUAGAGAAAGAGAGUUAUUCGGAGCUCCUCCAACUCAUGAAAAACAACAUAAUCCUUCAAUAGUUAAGACAAAACAGAAUAUACAUAAUCCACCAUCUAAAAGAGCGGAGAAGCCAGUAAUUUCAUCUUCAUUGUUUGAAGGAGAUGAUCAGAGACCAUCUGAGUUUUCUAUGACAAGCCAAGAAUAUGAGCACCAAUUAGAAGAGCCUCAACCAAUCAGGAAUAAGUUAAUGUCUCAUCCUGCUCCUCAAAUGGAAACACAAGCUACUAUUCCUGACAGCAAUUUAAAGAGAAACAUAUCUCAUAACUUUGGAGGGCCAAGUAGCAAUGAUGCUUUCAUAGCUGAGGAUUUCUUUAAUAAUCUGAGUCAAAUGUCUAAUCCAAAGACAUCUGAGCCAGUAAAUUCUCCGAUUGCUCCUCCAAGCACUCAAGCUAAGAAGCAAAAAGAGGUUGAUUUGGCUGCUCCUAGCCAUCCUAUUCCACCUCAGACUUCAGCUGCUGGGCCAGCUCCAGGCUUGGAGUUGGAUAUUCCAACUACGGCUCCUGUACAGCAAGUUGCUCAGCCUCCACAGGCAAGAGCUACACCAAGAACUGCUGCAAAGAGAGUUAUCCCAAAGAGCCUCUUUGGUUAAUCUCCUUUAAGAGUUCAAC